AUGGACGACGAGAAGGCCGCAGGAGAGCAGCUGCCACCCAGCGCGACAUCCACAGCAUCCAGCUCAUCUCACCAGCCCGCAUCGCACUCAGCUCGCAGUUGCAAAGCCUCCCAAGGAGGAGGACUAGAAAAAUCAACAACAAUUCAAACGUUCCUAACUGUGAGCGACAACGAUGUCUACCAUCCCGCGCACCAUUCCUUAUUCGUCGCUCAUCCUAGCUCUAGCCAUGCAUUUCGAGUCCGCAAAACUCCCAUCUUCUCUGGCCUACUCGCUCCAUUCUCCAUCGUUCUCGAAGUGCCCGGUCUCACAUCCAAAUGGUAUGCUGACAUCAACCCAGAAGGUCAAGUAAUCCGUUUCAUUCCCAACCCAACCAUCCUCACCGUCGGUCUAUCCAUCUCUCUCACUUCCGCCGUCAUCGCCAAUUUCGCCAUCAUCCUUCGAUUUCUUGAAAUACUUGGUCCGCGACAAUCCAUCGCACUUGCUAUCGCUUCUCUUGCUCUACAUGAUAUAAUCAAUGUGGUAGCGCUGGCUGUAUUUGGUGGGAUAUAUGGGCCGAAGAAUGAUGGGUUGAGUCUAAGUGCUAGCUAUUGGAUGGUUUGUGCGAGUACGAUUACCUCAACCUUAGUGACGGCGAGUUUGGUGAUGGAUUAUGUGAGGACGAAAGACUUCAAGCAUGCAGGGAGCGGAUUGACGCAGUUGCAAAAGGGGUUGGUGUUGGCGGGGAUGGGGUUGUUGUUGUAUCUGAGUUUGGGGAGUUUGAUAUUUGUCUUUGUGAUAGAAGUGGAUUUUAUUACUGCGUUGUACUUUUCAACGGCGACCGUGUUGACGGUGGGGUUUGGAGAUGUGGUGCCGGGAAGUGCAGGAGGGAAAGUGCUUGUGGUAUUGUAUGCUCCGACGGGGAUAGUACUUGUAGCCUUGGUGGUAAGUGCUGCGAGAAGCGCGAUGUUGGAGACGUUCCAGGCUACACUGCUAGAAAGGACGAAGGAGAGGCGGAGGAGGAUAAGAGAGCGAAAGGAAAGACUGAAGGAGGAGAAGAGAGAGGAGAGGGCAUUGAAGAAAGCUCUACCACGAACAUUCACUCUCAGUGCUUCGGAAGGUAAUGGCUUCGCUGAAGCGCUAGCUCGGAUGGAACAAGAUGCUUCUUCCCACCCACUCUCCUCACUCUCCAUCACCGCCACCACGAUCGCCACUCCGCCACCAGCAACAGCAGGCGAUCCAAUCCUCCAAUCCCAGAUCGCCUGUCUCUCGCAUCAACUCCUCCUCGCAAAAGCUCGCACAGAGUCAGACUUCCGCACAUACGAAUCCCACAUGAGACGAGAAGCCAUCACAGCAGCCCGCAUAAAGCUCCUCCUCGCAUUCAGCGUCACCCUCGCCUUCUGGCUUCUCGGCGCAGUAGCGUUCACAUAUGCGGAAAGAUGGAGCUAUGGAGGAGCAAUGUGGUUUUGUUUCAUAGCAAUGAUUACAAUUGGAUACGGAGAUUAUCAUCCGAGUACGCAAUUGGGAAUGGCGAUCUUUGUGAUUUGGGGAUUGAUGGGGGUUGCGGUAUUGACAAUUUUGUUGGCGGUGGUUCAGGAUGCGUUUGGAAGUAUUUUUGCGAGGGUGCUGACGAAUAGUGCGCAGAGGUUGUUCAGUCGGGGUGAGAAGCGGAUGAGGAGGAGGAGGAGUAGGGAGAGAAUGGAGGGAGGGGGGAAUUUUGAGGCGCAAACACAAGCAAGGAGCAGGAAUAGGAGGGGAGGGAGGAAGAGUGAAGGUGAUUUACCCCGACCCAAACUCUCUGCUAGGACUGGAGAAGGGAGGAAGAGUGCUGAUGGAUGUAUAGAGAAAUCUACCACUGCUGUUCGCACCAGUACACCUGAACCGAUCGAGUCGAAAGAAGGUAGUGGGGUUAAGUUCACCAUCCCGUCUGCCCCACUCACCAGCGAUGAAAUAGCUGGAGUGAAACUACCAGCAACUACAGAAGCUCGAAUGGAAGAAACUCUCGUCUCUACUCCUCAGAAACUCGCCCUUGCCGCUCUCCAAACUUUCCAACAUUCCGUCCGUCUCCUGCAGCUGCACGACCACACAAUCUCGCAAGCCAUGUGUGAAAUUCCGGCGCUUCGACACUACUACAACUCUCGCCAAAAGCCCGGCACAAACGCUUCUCUAGAACAGGAUCAACAGGAUAGAGAGGCGCUACGAAAGCUGGAAGAAGCAAUCAAACAAAACGCGAAACCAGAAUACGAGAAAGUCUGCAAACUCGUCGUUGCCAAUCUCGAGUUCGAGCAGCACCUGCGUAUUCUCCUCGGCGGAUUUCAGGGCUUAAAAGAUAGAGUUGAAGGCUUUAAACAUCAACUUCAUCAACCAUCGUCACAGACGUCGGAAUUGGAAGGAAAGGAAGGAUGA